AUUAAUAAUUAUUCUGAACAACAUAUACAUCCUGUGCUGCAUUAAAUCUCCUAUCCUGACUGGAAAUCUCGCUUUAUGUUAUAAGGCUUUAUACCGUACCUCCUUAUAACUCCUGACUUGUCAUUAUUUACUUCUUAUGAAUGUGUUAUGAAAGCUCAAUGUAGCAAAAAAAUAUCACUGAUCUCUGACGAAACACGUGCAUGUACCGCUUAAAAUCGCUAGUAUUCUGACUUCCUAAUGUUAAUGCAGUGCUUAUGAAUAUGCUACAGUAUAAAGCCCUAAUGUAUAAGGCUAUACAGCCUUAUGAAACUCCUGACAUAAAGAUUUAGUCCAGUGCUUAUGACUGUAUUAUAAAUCUGAAUAAAAGACCAAAGACCGAAUCCGAAAGCAUUUCAGGAUACUCGCUGUAACGAAGAGCACCAAACAUGUCUGCAGUAGUGUUUAUGAAGCGCUUAUAAAGCCAGGCCUGUGAGAUGUAAAGAGAACAUUUUUUCGGAGCACACGACCGCAUUGUGUUGCUGUAAGCCUGAGGUUCGUUCUAAAGAGUUUCUAUGGUACAGAAAGCCCUACAGCUCCAUGUUGCUGACUCAGGAGUUUAAACAAAAGGAGGCGCGGGUCUUUUUAUCGACGGCGAGGUAUAAAUAGGAGAGGGUUAAACUAGGUGGAGCUGUGUGUCAGUCACCGGGAGGGUACGGAUCAGAUCAGACGGAACGGAGAAAGAAGCCAAAAUGAGCAUGGGCAAGAUCAUCUUCUACGAGGGCCGGAACUUUAUGGGUCGGUCCUGGGAGUCCAGUGGCGACUGCUCCAACAUGUCCACCUACCUGAACUGCUGUUACUCGUGCCGAGUGGAGAGUGGCUGCUGGAUGGUGUACGAUCGGCCGAACUUCAUGGGGAACCAGUAUUUCCUCAAGAAGGGAGAGUACAACGACUACAUCAACACGUGGGGAAUGAACGGCUGGAUUCGCUCCUGCCGCUGGAUCCCCAUGUACAACGGCCCCUAUAGGAUGAGGCUCUACCCCAGGGAGCACUUCAUGGGUCAGAUGAUGGAGAUGUCUGAUGACUGCGACUCCUUCAUGGAUCGUUAUAACUGGUCUCACGGCUGCAUGUCGUGUCACGUGACGGACGGACACUGGCUCAUGUACGAGUAUCCUAACUACAAAGGCAGGAUGUGGUACUUCGGGCCCGGACAGUACCGGAACUUCAGGCACAUGAUGGGAAUGAGCGGCAUGAGGUUCAUGAGCAUGAGGCGCAUCAUGGACUCGUGGUAUAAAUAA